AUGAAUAAUUCUGGUUUUCUCUCGCAAAAAGAAAAAUUAGAAAAGACCUAUGCCAAGGGUACAACAACUUUAGGAUUUGUAUUUAAUCGUGGUAUUGUCAUUGCUGUAGAUUCUCGUGCAUCCAUGGGAAAUUACAUUUCAUCACAAAAUGUUAAGAAAGUCAUUGAAAUUAAUCCAUAUCUUCUUGGAACUAUGGCAGGUGGUGCAGCUGAUUGUCAAUUUUGGGAACGUUAUUUGGGUAUGCAAUGUCGUUUAUAUGAAUUGAGAAAUAAGAGACGUAUUUCUGUGGCUGCUGCAUCCAAGUUGUUGAGUAACAUUGUUUAUCAAUAUAAGGAUUAUGGUCUCUCGAUGGGAACCAUGAUUGCUGGAUGGGAUCAUACAGGACCAAACUUGUUCAUGGUCGAUAAUGAUGGUACUCGAUUGAAAGGAACUCGAUUUUCAGUCGGUUCAGGAUCGUUGUAUGCGUAUGGUGUUUUGGAUCAAGGCUAUCGCCCAGAUUUAACCGAGGAAGAGGCUUGUGAAUUGGGUCGUCGUGCCAUUUAUCAUGCCACUCAUCGUGAUGCUUACUCGGGAGGUAUUAUUAAUGUUUAUUUGAUUCGUUCCGAUGGAUGGACCAAGAUUUCAAGUACAGAUAUGAAUGAUUUGCAUUAUGGAAAGUAUGCUCUUGAGAAGGAGGGUUCUGUGACUCCUCCCUUGUUGGAUCAAUAA